CUUGUAAUAAAAUUAAGUAAUAGAUGAUACCUGAAUUAAAUGUUAUACCUAAAAUGAAUUGAUAGAUAAUUAUGAGUGAUUAAUAAAUACUUGUGAAUUGAGAGAGAAUAAUCCUUUUUGGAAUUUACAUACAUAAUAAUAUUCAAUAAACCAUCAGAUUGACUCAGACUUGUAUUAUAGGGGUUUAAAUUAGUUAGAAAUAAUUAAUUCUGAAUAAUAUGAAACAUUGAGAAAAUUUUCAUCAUAAAUUCUUAUGAUUUAGAGAAAAGGGAGAGAAAACUUUAAAGUAUUAUGAAAAAUGGAAAUGGAUUAAUAUAUUAAGAGAUGAGAGUAACAAUAAAAGUGAUUUUAAGAAUAUUAAGUAUACAAUAUAUUUUGUAUUAAAUGGGAUGUAAAGAAAAUAUAUGAC